AUGGCUCUCGGCAAACGGUCACGGUCGUUACAACAAUGGAGACCGCAGACCGACUAUGAGCGGUGGCUCGAAGAACACAAUGAAAACUACCAGCCUGGGCAGGAUGCACAGUACCAUCCACCUAUUCUGGGUAACAACGGCCAAGUCCCUGUAUAUCACCGUGAAAUAGACGACAGCCCCGGUCAAAGGGCUGAUGGUGCCCAUCCGACGCUUUCCGAUAUCACGCAUCUCCAAUCGUAUAAGCCUCAUGGUGAGUUCUUGCGCCAGGUGGGUGCUAGACCGCCUUCCACACUGGGAGGGGCUUGGGCCCACAGCCUUCGAGGGCAUUGCCCAUAUCAGUUGGCCCUAUUAUUUGUCGUGGUUAUCGCUCUCCUGCAGACUGCGAAGAGCUUUGAAAGGCGACGCAGUCGUGCAAUUGCUUCUUCAACACAGUCUAUCAAACUUUACAGCGAUGAAAAAAGUCCGGUAUAA